GAGAUAUUUUCCAUAAAGCCUUUUUUCUCUCUUUCUUUCUGCCCUUGAGCAUCCCGGGUAAACCCGAGCUUGUAAAGUGGGAAGAGGAGGAGGAGAGGGGCCAAGAAGGGCGGGCACAAAGCCUUUCCUCAAACUCAAUAUUUUAUACUUUUGAUACUCCUUGACGCUGGAUUUCAGUCCUCUUCCCCAGCCGUUUCCAGAUCUAGGACACGGAUCUACCGUGCGCAGCGAUCCACGGUGAGAUAAAAAGUAUCCGGCAGACGGCAGAAACAAGCAGCGAGCCGGGCAGGCUGAGAGACGGGAGUACAGAGAGGACCGCGGCGGAGUACAGUGGAUGGUCGAGGGGGGGGGGACCUUUUUGUUUGUUUGUUUGUUUGUUUUAUUGGCCAAAGAAGGAGGGACGUGCACGCAAAGUCCUGACCAGCCUGACAGAUGCAUGCUAGAAGACAAUCAGAAGAGCUCGGACAGUCGAAAAUGUCCAAUGGAUAUACCUGAAGACGCAGCAACUUCUCUUUCAUCCUCCCCAACUAGUUCCACUGUUUCCCUGCAGGACAUCUGAGAUAUGGAUCCGCGUUAACAUCUCCUACCCAACUCCCUGCACCACUAUGGUUAAAGUGUAUGCCGAGAUUCAUCUCUGUAACAUUAUCCGCCUCUCCACCCACCGCCCAUCUUCCUCAGGAAACCAGCCGUCAAAACAACUAAGUGUCCCUCUCUCGGUUCUCUGGGGGCCGUCAAUAUUUGUCCAGCGACACUGAGAGAAAGCUCCUUACAUUUGGCGGGUGGGGGGGAUUUAUGAACCUGGAGGCGAGCUGUGUCAUUUCCCCCGCACCUCUCCAUUCAUAGCACAGCAGUAUGGUGGUAGGGAUGUCCACUAUUUCUUUAUGAUCACCGCUCCAUGCGCUUCACCUCUCCUCUGAGCUCCGUGGCCCCCUCAUCCCGUGCCGGACCCCGCUCCAAACACCCCCCCUCCAGCCUGCCAUGCUCCUCCAGGCCGUGUUGCUGCUGCUGCUGCGCUGCCUGGCCUCCACCCUGGGCCAGUACGAACUGUGCAAGUCCCUGGUGAGCACGGACGAGGGCUCGGUGUGGGAGCAUUACGCGUGCCAGCCAAAAGCCGCGUCCAUGAAAGACCACAUGCGGAUCAAGGUGGAUCCGCCCGGAAUUACGUGUGGAAAUCCGCCUGAGAGGUUCUGCACUCUGGAGAAUCCAUACCUGUGCAGUGACGAGUGUGAUGCCUCUAAUCCAGACUUGGCCCACCCUCCUCAGCUGAUGCAGGACCGUGAACGCAACGGCCUAAUCACCUACUGGCAGACAGUCACCUGGAGACGUCACCCAGAGCCCCUGCUGGCCAACAUCAGCAUGUCCUGGAACAAGAGUCUGGAGCUCACAGAUGACAUCCAGAUCACCUUUGAAUAUGGCCGUCCUACCAUCAUGGUGAUGGAUAAGUCCAUGGAUCACGGACGCUCCUGGCAGCCUUACCAGUUCUACGCUGAUGACUGCUUGGAUGCCUUCAACAUGCCACCCAAACGUGUGCGUGACCUUUCGCCCGCCAACAUCACACGGGUCAUCUGCACUGAGCAGUAUUCGCGCUGGGUAGGCUCCAAAAAUGACAAGAAUGUGAAGUUUGAGGUGCGGGCACGCUUUGCUGUGUUUGCCGGGCCGCGGCUACAGAACAUGGACAACCUGUACACCCGCAUGGAAAGUAUGAAGGGAUUGAGGGACUUCUUCACCUUCACCAACCUUAGGCUGAGGCUGCUCAGGCCUGCCCUCGGAGGCACCUACGUCCAGAGAGACAACCUGCUCAAGUACUUCUAUGCCAUCUCCAACAUCGAUGUACCUGCCAGGUGUAAGUGUAACCUCCAUGCCUCCCAGUGCCUGCCGAUUGAUGGGAACCUCCAGUGCCAGUGUGAACACAACACCACCGGCCAGGACUGCCAGCGCUGCAAGAAAGGCUUCAAAGCCAAGUCCUGGAAAGCAGGUUCCUACCUGCCAGCACCAAACGGAACCCCCAACACCUGUACAAUUGCUGGUUCCCCCUCCGGUUCUAAUGAAGAUGAGGCAGAGGGGGAAACUAGAGUUGAAGCUGAGGGUGAAACUGAAGAUGAAAGCGAAGUUGAAACAGAGGGUGAAGCUGAAGUUGAAGCUGAAGGUGAGGGUGUGCCCGAGGGUGAAGCAAAGAGAACUACAACCAUCUCUGAAGCUGAACCAGCCCCCGCUGUUACCCAUGAGCACUUUGGAGCCCCCCAGCAAGAGUCCAUUGCCUCCGUUUCUGGGGUUGGAAAAUCACAUUCCAGCUCCCUAAACCCUCAUCAUGUUGACAGACAUGAAGCGGAGGUUCUCCCUCCUUCACCGUCCUCUCCACCAGAGGAGCACAGAGUUUCCCUGACACCAGAGGAGUUCACAUCUUCAGAAACAAUCCCCGAAUACCCACACCUGUCUCACCUAGUCCCAGAGGAAUCCACACAUCAUUCAGCUGUUGAUCAUCAUCAUCACCACCAUACAACCAUGGAGAAGUCCAUUCUCCAUCCAUUGACUCCAGUUAACCAUCAUACAAGCGUGAUCGAAACUGAGAAAAAACACUCAGAGCCGAGGCAUAGUGAGAGCGGAGACCUCCACAAGUCUGACGAUCAUGCACACGUGAGUCAUGGCCACAAAUCCACCACUUCACUGGAACAUGGGGAGAAAAGGGAGGAGGAUGAGCAUAGGAAAGUCUUCCAUGGCACUGGAGAACAUGUACAUGAGAGUCAUGGCCAUAAAACUACCUUAUCUGAACAUGGGGAAGAAAGGGAAGAUCAUCAGAAAAAAGGUAUCUCUUUUAUGUGUAGUCAUCCAGUGCAUGUAGAAUAUGUAUAUUUAUACAUUAGUCUGUUUACUGAGCAGAUAUGCUUUAGAUCAAAAUGUCUUACAUCUCGCCUGAAGAAUUGGAAACAACUAAAAUCUAUCUUAAAUUUUCCUUCUUUCAAUUCAAAUUGUGUUUUUUCAGACACACACACAUCUCGAGAACACGUACAUGAGACUCACAGCCACAGAACAACCUCAUCUGUUCACGAAGAGAAAGGGGAGGAGGAGCAUGAUGGAAGACAUGUUGAUAGGAAAGACCCCCACGCAUCCGAGGGACACGUACAUGAGAGUCAUGGUCAUAAAACAACAACUUCAUCAGAGCCCAGAGGAAAAAGUGAGGAGAAGGAGCAGGAGGAAAGACAAGCAGAGAGGGAAGUCUCCCACACAUCUGAGGAGCAUGUACAUGAGGUUCAUGGCCACAAAUCAACAAUCUCAUCUCAUCACGGGGGAGAGGAGCACACAGAAAGGAAAGUUUCCCACUUGUCUGAGGAACAUGUACACGAGAACCAUGGCCACAAAACAACCUCUUCUGAGCACGAACACAACGAGCAUUCAGAGGAAGAAGAGAAGAAAGUUUCCCACAUGUUUGAGGGGCAUGCACAUGAGACUCAUGGCCACAAAACAACAACCUCAUCUGAGCUUGGAGAAAAAAGGCAGGAGGAGACACGUCAAGGCCACCACAAGCCUGAGGAACAUGUACAUGAAAUUCACGGCCACAAAACACAAUCAGAAACUCAUGGACACACAUCGCCAUCUGCAACUCAUGGACUCACAUCACCAUCUGCAACUCAUGGACACACAUCACCAUCUGAAACUCAUGGACACACAUCACCAUCUGAAAUUCAAGGACACACAACGCCAUCUGAAACUCAUGGACACACAUCACCACCUGAAACUCAUGGACACACAUCACCAUCUGAAACUCAUGGACACACAUCAUCAUCUGAAACUCAUGGACACACAUCAUCAUCUGAAACUCAUGGACACACAUCAUCAUCUGAAACUCAUGGACACACAUCAUCAUCUGAAACUCAUGGACACACAUCAUCAUCUGAAACUCAUGGACACACAUCACCACCUGAAACUCAUGGACACACAUCACCAUCUGAAACUCAUGGACACACAUCAUCAUCUGAAACUCAUGGACACACAUCAUCAUCUGAAACUCAUGGACACACAUCAUCAUCUGAAACUCAUGUACACAUAUCAUCAUCUGAAACUCAUGGACACACAUCAUCAUCUGAAAGUCAUGGACACACAACACCAUCUGAAACUCAUGGACACACAUCAUCUGAAACUCAUGGACACACAUCAUCUGAAACUCAUGGACACACAUCACCAUCGGAAACUCAUGGACACACAUCAUCUGAAACUCAUGGACACACAUCAUCAUCUGAAACUCAUGGACAUGCAUCAUCAUCUGAAACUCAUGGACACACAUCAUCUGAAACUCAGGGACACAUAUCAUCUGAAACUCAUGGACACGCAUCAUCAUCUGAAACUCAUGGACACACAUCAUCAUCUGAAACUCAUGGACACACAUCAUCAUCUGAAAGUCAUGGACACACAUCAUCAUCUGAAAGUCAUGGACACACAUCAUCAUCUGAAAGUCAUGGACACACAUCAUCAUCUGAAACUCAUGGACACACAACAUCUGAAACUCAUGGACACACAUCAUCUGAAACUCAUGGACACACAUCACCAUCGGAAACUCAUGGACACACAUCAUCUGAAACUCAUGGACACACAUCACCAUCGGAAACUCAUGGACACACAUCACUAUCUGAAACUCAUGGACACACAUCAUCAUCUGCAACUCAUGGACACACAUCACUAUCUGAAACCCAUGGAUACACAUCAUCAUCUGAAACUCAUGGUGACAUAUCGGAAAGUCAUGGCCACAAAACAGCAUCUGAAAGCCAUGGACACAUAUCGGAAAAUCAUGGACACAAAGCAGGAUCUGAAAGUCAUGGACACAAAACAGUAUCUGAAAGUCAUGGACACAAAACAGUAUCUGAAAGUCAUGGACACAAAACCGUGUCUCAAAGUCAUGGACACACAACUUCAUCUAAUAGUCAAGGUCACAUAUCUGAAAGCCAUGGCCAUAACACAGCAUUUGGAAGUCAUGGACACACAUCUGAAAGUCACGGACACAAAACAACUUCUGAAAGUCAUGGACACAAAUCUGAAAGUCAUGGACACAUAUCUGAAGGUCAUGGCCACAAAACAGCAUCUGAAAGUCAUGGACACACAUCUGAAAGUCAUGGACACACGUCUGAAAAUCACGGACACAUAUCUGAAGGUCAUGGACACAAAGCAGCAUCUUCAGCUCAUGGCCAUAUAUUAUCUGAAAGUCAUGGCCACAAAACAGCAUUUGGAAGUCAUGGACACACAUCUGACAGUCAUGGACACAAAUCUGAAAGUCACAGGCACAUAUCUGAAGCUCAUGGACACAAAGCAACAUCUGAAACUCAUGGCUACAUAUCAUCUAAUAGUCAUGGACACAAAUCUGAAAGCCAUGGACACAUAUCAAAUAGUCAUGGACACAUAUCUGAAAGCCAUGGCCACAUAUCAUCUAAUAGUCAUGGACACAAAUCUGAAAGCCAUGGACACAUAUCGAAUAGUCAUGGACACACAUCAUCAUCUAAUAGCCAUGGCCACAUAUCUGAAAGUCACAGCCACAAAACAUCAUCUGCACAUGGAGAGGAAAGAACUGAAAGGAAAGUUCACCAUGGGGGACACGUAGAUGGCCAUGCAACAACCUUAUCUGAACACGGGGAGAAGCAUGCAGGAAGAGAAGUCGUCCAUAACUCUGAAGAACAUGUACAUGAGAUUCAUGGCCACAAAGCCCCAACCUCAUCUCAUCAUCAUCAUCCACAAAGAAAACCUGAGAGGACAGUCUCACACAAUUCUGAGGGACACGCACAUGAGACUCAUGGCCACAGAGGCUCCUCGGAGCAUGGUGAGGGGGAGGAACAUCAAGAAAGAGUGCACUAUGUCAUCGAACAACCUGAGUGGGAAAGAGGGGGUCAUGGGACCACAAAAUACAGUUUCGGGAGAGAGGAUGAAGACGGAGAGGAGCAUGCAAAGACAAAAAGAAAAGGGCUUCUGAAACUCUUGAGCUCAGGAGAGCCUCAGGCCAAACAGUUGUUUGGGAUCAUAUACGAUGAUUUCAAAGACUGUGAGUGCUACGGCCACUCCAACCGCUGCAGCUACAUCGACUACCUGAACAUCGUCACAUGCGUCAGCUGCAAGCACAACACCAGGGGCCAGAACUGCCAACAUUGCAGACUCGGAUACUUCCGCAACGCCUCUGCCGAACUGGAUGAUGAGAGCGUUUGCAUCGAGUGCAACUGCAACCAGAUGGGCUCUGUUCAUGACCGGUGUAACGGCACAGGCUUUUGUCAGUGCAAAGACGGCGCCACGGGGGCCAAAUGUGAUGACUGUCUGCCAGGAUACUACUGGAAACAAGGCUGUUACUCUAACGUUUGCGACGAGGAGAUGCUCCUGUGCCAGAACGGAGGAACGUGUUACCAGAACCAGAAGUGCAUCUGUCCUCCAGAGUUCAAGGGAGUACUGUGCCAACACUCCCGCUGCGAGGCGGGCAAGGACUGCAACAGCGCUUCUUUGCCGCAACUUUCCACGGCCACCCUGCUGCUCUGCACUCUGCUAACCUACCUACAGGCCACGUUAACACCCCACUGAGACACGAGAAGAACCCCUCAGACCAAGGAGUGUGUGUAUAUGUGUGUCUACGUGAGGCAAAGGGUGACCCAGAGCGGGAGGGCCGUGGCAGUCAUGGACCUGGCAAACGCACACUGCAGCACUCUUAAAAGCGCACACACCCACAGAACACUACCUAACCCCAUUCUCCUUUCAAACACAUAUACACACACACACACACACACACACACACACACACACACACACACACACACACACACACACACACACACACACACACACACACACACACACACACACACACACACACACACACACACACACACACACACACACACACACACACACACACACACACACACCCACCUCACAGGACUAUUGUGAUUGUGAGUGUGUGCUCAGGUGCAAGAAGGACAAACAGAGUAAAAAAGGGGAGCAACCUCAGAGAAAAGAGAUGCAGUCAAAAGGGGAAAAAAAUAAUCAUACCAACCACUGUUCCCUUUAUUCCUGAGCUGGAGCAAUGUGCAUCAAACCAAAAAAGCAUAAACACUUAAAUCACCACUGUUUCACUUCAAAGGGAAUGGCUGUUUUAACCACAAGGACUUUUUCUUUUCUCUUAUUUUUUCUUGGUUGAGUUGGGGAUCUCACCUCCGUUAGACUGAUGUCCAACACAUUUGUGGUCAGACUCUAUGCGAGGACAAGACAUGUGGACACGACGGACGGGUCGGGAGGCGAGAUGCUCAUUUGAUCCUGCUGCUGAGGCCUACAUAGUAUAUUAACCAGGUUUCAUUUCUUCUCAAAAGAUGAGACUUGAUUUUACAUUUAUUCUAUUUCUGCUGCAUUUUUUUUUUUAAAAAUUAUAUCUUCAGUCAUUGUAUCUAAUGUGCCCACUAGCAGUUGCUGAGAUUAUACAUAUUAUAUAAUAUCCAGGGGGUUAUGAAUUAUUUAAAAAAAAUAGUCACUAUUAUGGUUGUUAUAGGAAUGAGUGAUUGUUGCCACACUUAGCGAGAUUUAAUCUUCACACAGUAUUCAGGAAGCAGAAUUUAACAGAAUCUAACUAAUCAAAAGUCUAAAAAGAGAGAAAAGAUAUGAACCACGUAUCAAUAUUAUAUGACAUUAUUUGAAUAUUUUUUGUAGAAAUUAUUUUUGUUUGGAGUUACAAUAAAUUAUAAAAAAUGACAUUUACAACUAUUCCAGAUGAGCAUUUUAUUACACUGAGUGUAAACCUUGCAGUAAAUAUGACUGUUAUUUGC